AUAUAGUAAUUGUUUAAACUACGGCAUAUGAACACGAUGUCUAUGAAAUGGCUCUCGCUUCUGCAGCUGGUACAGCUCACUUGCUGCUUUAACUCUGGGAGUUGUGGAAAGGCGCUGGUGUGGCCAGUGGAAUUUAGUCACUGGAUGAAUAUGAAGACAAUUCUGGAUGAACUUGUGAUGAGGGGUCAUGAGGUGACCGUACUGGAAUCUUCAGCUUCCACUCUUAUUGAUCCAAACAAACCAUUGGCUAUGAAAUUUGAGACUUUCCCUAUAUCUUUAACUAAAGAUGAUUUUCAGAAUGUUGCCAAGAUUUUGAUUGAGACAUGGAUGCUUGCGGUGAAAGAUUACUUUUGGAUCCAUCUUUCAAGAAUGCAAAGAUUAUUUGAGGAAUUUUCUGAUAUUGGUAUAAAGAUAUGUAGUGAAGUGGUUUCAAACAAGAAGCUUAUGACAAAACUACAGGAAUCAAGGUUUGAUGUCGUUCUUGCAGAUGCUGUUGGACCCUGUGGAGAGCUUUUGGCUGAAGUACUUAAAGUACCGUUAGUGUACAGCCUCUACUCCUCACCUGGCUAUUUGGUUGAAAAGAGAAGUGGAAGACUUUUAUUUCCACCAUCCUAUGUACCUGUUAUGUUCUCUGAAUUAAGUGAUCACAUGACAUUCAUGGAGAGGGUAAAAAAUAUGAUAUAUGUACUUUAUUUUGACUACUGGUUUCAGCUGUACAAUGAGAAGAAGUGGAAUCAGUUUUACAGUGAAGUACUAGAAAGGUCUACUACAUUAGUUGAGAUAAUGGGGAAAGCUGAAAUGUGGCUUAUUCGAAACUACUGGGAUUUUUCAUUUCCUCGCCCACGGCUACCAAAUGUUGAAUUUGUUGGAGGCCUCCACUGCAAACCUGCCAAACCCCUGCCUAAGGAAAUGGAAGAAUUUGCGCAGAGCUCUGGAGAACAUGGUAUUGUGGUGUUUUCAUUGGGAUCAAUGGUCAGUAACAUGUCAGAAGAAAGAGCCAAUGUGAUUGCAUCAGCCCUUGCCCAGAUUCCACAAAAGGUUCUAUGGAGAUAUGAUGGCAAAAAACCAGACACCUUAGGACCCAAUACUCGGCUGUAUAAGUGGAUCCCCCAGAACGACCUUCUUGGCCAUCCAAAAACCAAAGCCUUUAUAACUCAUGGUGGAAGCAAUGGCAUCUAUGAGGCCAUCUACCAUGGCAUCCCUAUGGUGGGCCUUCCUUUGUUUGCUGAUCAACCUCAUAACGUUGUUCACAUGACGGCAAAGGGAGCAGCUAUCAGAUUGGACUUGGAAACAAUGUCAACAGAAGAUUUGCUCAAUGCAUUGAAGGAAGUCAUUAAUAAUCCUUUCUACAAAGAGAAUGUCAUGAGGUUAUCAGCCAUUCAACAUGAUCAGCCUAUGAAACCCUUGGACCGAGCGAUCUUCUGGAUUGAAUUUGUCAUGCGGCACAGAGGAGCCAAGCACCUGAGGCCCGCCGCCCACGACCUCACCUGGUUCCAGUACCACUCUCUGGACGUGAUCGGAUUCCUGCUGGCCUGUGUGGCAACUUCUGUGUUUGUCAUCACAAAGUGUUGCCUGUUUUGUUGCCGAAAGUGUGCUAGCAUAGGAAAGAAGGGGAAAAGAGACUAGCUGUUUCUGAGAUGUCUAGCAGGUUUGCCACAUAAAUACAACUCCUCAUAUUUAUUACAGUAAGAUGAAUUAUGAUCAAGUUCGACUCCUCUUGUGACAAAAUGUAAAUUUUACUUUCAAGGGAUUUUCUACCUGACAAAAUGUAUGUCUUGCCAAGAAAAAACACUGAUGAAAAAUGAAAUAAACAAUAAAACUAUAUGCAUACAUAUUGAAAUUGAUUAUUUUAAUUCAAAAGUUAAUCUAAAAAGAAAUGAUUGUGUUUAACUACUUUUCACAUGCUCUAUGUAAAAACAACAACAAUAAGAAGUCUACUUAAAGCAUGUGUCAUUUUCUUGAUAUUCAGAAUUUUUAACUUCAUUUUCAUGUCAAAUUUUAUAGGUUUUUCUUGUUAUUGAAAUUGUUCAAUAAUUGAAAUUCUGUAAAAAGAUUCAAUCCUUUAUUCUAUUUGUGAGACCACUAUCAGUUCUUCAUUUUUACUGUGCAUGGAGCCUCAGCAUCACUUCCUACCUAGAGCCAUGGCAAGAUAUUUGCUUUCAUUCAGUUUAGCUUAUUUCCCAGAAGAGUGUUUGUAGAAUUCGAAAUAUAGCAACUGCUACCUGCUUCCUAUUAUAAAAUUGAAAUAUUUGUGAAAAUCUUUAAUUUCAUGACUUGAUUCUCCUUUUCUCAUCCACCUUUUAGUCACCAAUUAUUUUCCCUCCCAUAUUCAACUUUUAAUAAUGGAUGUAAAUUCUCAACUGUAUAUUAAGAAAUUAUAUAACCUAGACUCUAAAUGGACUUAGAGAAUUUUCAUUCUCUCAAAAUGUACCUGAAUUUAUCUGCAGAUCUUGUCUAUAUCUAAAUACGUAUCUAAGUCUACAUAUACUCUCACAAAACAAGACACAGCAUCACUUAUCUACUUGCAGAUACGACCUGAUAUCCAAUGGGUUUGGUGACCAUACAUUGAAUUAAUUACUAUUGUCUUAUAAUGCAUUUUGAACCACACUUUUGAUUAGCAUUUAUCAUUCUUUUGUCUCUUUCUUCAAGCAGCGAUUGCCUCGUUCCUUACCAUAACACUUCUAUGUAAAAUUCAAUUAUCAUGACAGAAAAUAACAUAGACAUCAUGUUCUUUAAACCUGGGCCCACUAUGACUGACAUAAUCAGCACCAAUGAGAUCAAUACAAAAAUUACAAAAAUGUUAAGAAAAAUUGGUGAUUCAGAUGAAAGCAAUCUGAAGCCACAUUCAUGAAAAUUGUACAUCAGGAAAGCAGUUUAUGAUCGAAGUGGUCCAGGUGAAGAAAUGAGUAUUUUAGUCAAGAAGACCACCAUCCACACCAUAUGACAUUCAUCAACCUAAGACAUAACUAAUAUUAAACAUAAAAUCAAACUUUGAUGCUCGGAGAAUAAUAGGAAGAUUUACCACAGGACUUUCCAUAUAACCCCUCUAGAUAAUUGACACAUUUCUGAAGAAAAGUAGAAUUAAUAUGCUGCCAUAGUAGAGAGUAUUAUUAGCUCACAUAUAUAGGCUUAUAUAAUUUGCCUCAAAUCUAUCCAGCAAUAAUUGUAACAUAAAAAUGAUUGGUAGUCACUGUACAGUGAGAAUGACUACUGGUCUACAACAAAAGUUCAAGCAGCCCAAAAUGAAAAUAAAGAAAGAAUAAGAACAGGAAAUUCACAGAAGUAAAAUUGCCAAUGAUAAUUUAAAGGUGACAAAAGUCACUGGUUCUUCAGGAAUAGAAAUUAAGUCAAAAAAAAUUAUUUUUUUUACCAAAAUUUUGCAGAGCAAUUAAUCUGGUAGGACUAAUUUUGGAGAUGUAAAAUAACACGGAAAGAAUCAUUUUAAAUGAAAUUUAAACACACACUUGUUUUACAUUUGAACCCAAAAGGGAGACACCAUCCCAUAAAGUUUAAGGUAUUAUACUGUAAAUGCAAAUAGUGUAGAGUUAAAUCACUACAAAAUUACUAUGGAUUGGUUUGGGAUCAUUGCAGUUACUUAACUUCCCUAUGCCCCAGCUGUUCCAUCACAUAAAGUAAUGAAGAUAAAGUAAUGGUAUCAA